CUCACGGGUCGGAGGAGGAUGCUCACGUCGGCAAUUUCCACACGAGGUACUCGUAGUAGUCCAACCAAAUCAUCCGCGUCAAUAAUUGGGAGUUGCAAUAUGCGACAAAGCAGGUGCCGCCGGCAGUUUUCGUCCCUGACGCCCGCGUUCAGCAACCGCCUCGACAUGAUGGUGGCCAGACACAAUGAGCUUUUGAAGAAAAUCGAAGAUUCUCCCGACGAAGGCUAUCUCCACGGAAAGGAGAUGGCAUCGUUGACCCAUGCGGUCGCGCUACACGAAAAAAAGAUUAACCUGGAGAGCGAGGAAAAAUCGAUUCAUGAACUGUUGGAGGAACUGGAUGCCGAUGGAGGAGGUGACGACGAAACGAUCCGGGAAUUCAAGGACGAGCUGCAGCAGAUCAAGUCGUCACAGAAAAGGCUGGAAGCAAAGAUUCGGGUCGCUAUUUUGCCCAAAGACGAAAACGACUAUCACAGCGAUGCAAUUGUAGAGAUACGAGCCGGAACGGGUGGCGACGAAGCUACGUUGUUUGCUUCGGAACUUCGGCAAGCCUACGAAAAGACUGCCAAGGCUAUGAAAUGGGAGUGCGAUAUCAUGAGUGAAAGCACCACCGACCUGGGGGGGAUCAAGGAAGCCGUGCUGUCGGUAAGCGGGAGAGCGUCCGGUGGGGGCAGUGCGAUGCAAUUUGCCAUGGAGGAGGAUGACGACGAAGACGAAAAUAUUACUGCCAAUCUAGGACCAUAUGGUCUUUUCAAAUACGAAAGGUACGGACAGCAACAAAAAUAUGAUCCAAACGCUAUAAACUGCGAGGAAAUAUUCUCUUCAUUUUCUACUUCUGUUGGUCUCUCAGAUCCUUGUUCGAUCCUUUUGACAACCAAUCGCUUUCAUCAACAGUGGAGUUCAUAGAGUUCAAAGAGUUCCGGUCAAUGACACACGAAUCCACACCAGUGCCUGUUCAAUAGCAGUCUUGCCGUCAAAGCAAGAUGAUGGCAAAUCGGGAGAGCUAUUGCCCAUGUCAGAGCUAAAGAUCGACACAAUGAGAUCUUCGGGUGCCGGAGGGCAGCACGUAAAUACAACAAAUAGUGCUGUGCGGAUCACCCACAUACCAACGGGAAUAACGGCGAGCAUCCAAGACGAGCGGAGCCAACACAAGAACAAAGCCAAAGCUCUAAAGUUAGUUGCGGCGCGCGUCCGUGACAAGGAACGAGAGGAAGAAGAAAGAAAACACGGCGAGGCUAGAAGCUCGCUUUUGGGUGGGGGGGAUCGGAGCGAGCGAAUCCGCACGUACAAUUAUCCCCAGGACCGCGUUACCGAUCAUCGUUGCAAACACACAACGCACGGGAUUUCAAAACUACUCGACGCUGGAUCGGACGACGGUCUCGUAGUUACUUUCUACCCUUUUCUUCAGAAAUUGGUAAACGAUGAACAGAUUGCGGCACUUGAAAAAGAGGAGCAAAACUGAUUCUGUUCACCAAUAUGUAAGCUGCUAUAUUCAAAUCACUUUUUCUUGACGCAUCGAUGUGUGAUUUUCUACUUGUUCCUUCCACUUUCACCCAGCAUUCCUAUAAUAGAUGAUAAUGAUUUUU